AUGGAGAAAUGGUUAAUUAUUGAAACGAAGCGAGAUGAGAAUAAUUAUAUGAUGGAAGAAAGUUGCUCAACAUAUGACCAAGGCAUUGAUAAUUCUGAGAAUAUUCAUGAAUAUGAGGAGCAUCGUGUGAUCGGGAAAGGUGCAUAUGGUGUUGUUUAUCUAGUUACUCAUAUACCUAGUAACAUACAGUAUGCCUUAAAAAAAAUGAUUGUGCGUAUAACAGAAGAUGGUAUACCACAAAGUAUUAUACGUGAGAUCUCAGCAUUGCGAGCGCUGCAUAAUUUGGAUCAUCCAAACAUUGUGAAAUUACACGAUGUAUUUCAUGGUCAAAUUGAUAAGGGUGAAAUGUGUUUGAGUGUUGUUUAUGAAAAAUGUGACUGGGACUUGUAUGAGUUUUUGCGUACCAUCCCUCGCGACAUGGGUGAUCAUCAAUGUCGUCAUAUUGCAAAGCAGAUUUUGAUGGGAUUGGAUUUUCUUCAUUCAAAUCAUGUUAUACAUCGAGACUUGAAACCACAGAACAUACUAAUUAACCGUGACCAAACAAUCAAAAUUGCCGAUUUUGGUUUAGCUCGCUAUUAUUCAAUGCAAUCAUCUUUCACAACACUGGUUGUGACUUUGUGGUACCGAAGUCCAGAAGUAUUACUUCAGUGCUCCUAUAACUGUGGUGUUGAUAUCUGGGCUGCUGGCUGCAUCAUUGCCGAAUUAUAUUCGCGUCAACCACUUUUUCCAGCACAUAGUGAAGCGCAACAAUUGAGUAUUAUAUUCCAAAAACUUGGCACUCCGCCUUCUAACGAAUGGCCACAAAACGCUGUCAUUGAACGUUCAUUCUAUCCGUCCUAUCCUGGACAACCAAUGCGUCGUAUUGCACCCAAAUUGCCACCAGAUGCCGCAAGGCUAGUAAAAAGUAUGCUAUCUUUCUUACCAGAAACAAGACCUUCAUGUGCAGAAGCAUUAAGUACCGAAUAUUUUCGUCAGAAACAUGGUUCAGUUGUUUAA